AUGACUCGGUCAUGUGAUCAGCUGUGUCCAAUCACAGCUGAUCGCAUGGCACUGAUCAUCAGUCUGCCCUGAUGAUCAGUGUAGCCCCAGCAGUGCCAGCUGUCAGUGCUCUUCAGUGCCACCUAUCAGUGCCACAUCAAUGCCACAUAUUAGUACCUACCAGUGCACAUCAAUGCCACAUAUCAGUGCCCAUCUGAGCUGCCUUUCAGUGUCACCUAUCAGUGCAGUCAGUGCUGCCAAUCAGUGACACCUAUCAGUGUCAGUCAGUGCCGCCUAUCAGUGCCAGUCAGUGUCACCUAUCAGUGCGCAUCA